AUGAUCUACGAUGUGCUGGAGCUGCUGAUGAACUACUUGCAGUACCUCUACCUCCUCGUGGGGAUCGCCCCGAGCGUGUUUCCCACGCUCUACCGCUCCCCUUUCUGGCUUGUGGAUAUUGUGUUGCGUGGGGUAUUCUCCAGCGGCAGCGACGGCAACGCAGACAGCCACAGCGAGGCCGCUCUGCAGGCGGAGAGUCUCGCUGGGGAGGAGGGUGGAGCUCUCGGCCUGCGCGUGCCAUCCUGGCUGCCCACGGAUUUGCGCCUCACCUUCGCCCUCACAAACGUCGUGGCCCCCCUCCUGCUUGUGUUUCUCUCCACGCUAUUGCUGGGACCACCGCAUUGCACGGCCUUUGCCUAUCUUCUGUCUGCGUCGGUCUUCUUGACCGUGGCGGGCGCCCUGCUGCUGCUCUUCUUGCAGCGGCAGCCGCCGGCCACAGAUGAGGCGUGGCAAAGCGGGCCGACGCUGGCGGCCCUCGCCCGCGGCGUCUCCACGCAGGGAGCGGUCAUCAUCACAGCGGUGGGCGCGGCUGCUGUCGCCGUGCUGCUCGUCCUCGGCAUCGUCCUCCGCCUGGUGCUGGGCGCACGGGAGCGGGCACGCGUGCUGGAGCGGCUACGCCAGUUUGAGUCUGCCCCAGACGCGGCGGAGGAGCUUGUGGCCCGGCGGCUGCUGUACGCGGAUGACGCGGGCCCGGGCAACGGCGAGGAGAUGGAAAAGGAGGCCUGGGUUCAGCGGGCCAAGGCGGAGAUGGCCCACCAACGACUUCUCUGGCGACGCCAUAAAGGGACGCGCGCCUUCUCGCUGCCGUGGACGUUGCUAAAAUUGCUCGUCUCCCUCGGCGGCUUUGCCGCCGCGUUUGUGUUUGCACUUGCACCCGGGCACGCGGUGGUGAUCGCGAUUCGUGUCGGGCAGGUGUGCUACCCGCUUGCCGCGGCGUCGUUCCUCCUGGCACUCCUGUUUGCCGUCGCACUUGUGUUGGGGCUGACGCGAAGCGGCCGGCUGCGGCUCUUUGCGAUCAAACUCUGGCUGCGCCGCAUGCUGCUCGGCGUGGUGUUCCUCGCGGUGUCGUUCAUGUACUCCCCGAUCCUGCGCAGCACCAUCAAUUUGUUUCCCUGCCAGACGGUGGCGUGUGCGGCGUCCGACGGCGACGGUGACGCGUUCAGUGGCUCGGCUGCGACUGCCUGCGUGCAAGGCACACGACGGCGCACCAUCGCACGCCUCUCUGCAGACGCAGGCGUGCCUUGCAGCGGCGUCGAUGGUUUCAUGACAGCCGCCGCCCUUCUUGCCUCCUCCGCCUACGCCGUCUUUUUUCUCCUCCUCUACGGGUUAGUUACCCGCCGGGCGCUGCGUGCACUUCAGCAGUACCCGUUGCCCGACUCGGCGACCAGGACCUCGCCCCCGUCUGCGUGGACGGAGGCGCAGCGAGCAGACAUCGGGGCGACCUUUGCCGGCGACGUCACCGCCACCUCCCCCGUCCUGCCGCCGCCGCCGCCGCUGGGCUCGCGUCUGAGGCAGACAGCGAGGCAGGAGGAUGUGAUUUACCGCGCACGUGUGUCCUCCUCAGAGAAUGAGGCGAAGUUUCUCUACUCCCCGUACGCCUAUGCGUUCCGCUACUUCAAACUGGUUGUGGUGGCGCAAAAGACGGCCACAGUCGUCGUCUCCACGUUGAUGCGCGAAGGAAGCGGAGUGGGGAGCCCGUGGAUGGGGUUUGCCGCCUGUGUGGUGAUCCAUGCCGGCUUGGGGGUUGCCUUGGUUGUCUGUCGUCCCUACGCCCAACCGCUGGAGUUUGUGCUAAGCCUGGCGCUCCAGCUCAUGCUCUCCGUGCUAGCCGCGAUGGGGCUGACCUCCGCGCUGGCCUCCACCGCCGCGCCGUUGCCGCUGUGGAGUUUCGUGACCACCUGCCUCUUUCUGGUGCCGUGCGCGGCGAUGGUGGUGGGAGGAGUCCUGACGCUGCGCCGGCACCCCCAUCCCACGUUGUGUGGCAAACGUGACGCCAAGCGGCCUCCGUGUCGUGCGGGGCGUCGCUUCUGCGAUGGAUGGGGCCUGCGGCUGUCGGGGUGCUGCCUUCGAGGCAACAAGGGAGGAGCUGGGAGCUGGUAUGAGCAGUUCGGCCGCAGCCGCCUGCAGCACGAGAUCUUCGUCCCUGCCCUGUACUUUGCGCGAGACACGCGGGCCCUGGCCGCGGCUGCUGGCAACGACGAAGCGAAGAACGAAGAGGCCGCUGCCGCAGGGCGUGCUUCACCGCUCUGGGAUCCGGUGGGGACGCCACGGACGCCUACGAACAAAUGCAGCCUCUUCCUACUGGAAUCGCAGCGGCAUGCCACGAGCGACGGAAGGGUGCGUGCAAGGCGACAGUGGGCACGUCUCCGCGCUGCCGUCUUUGCAGGCCGUUUUUCUGGCCUCGGUAACCAACACCGGCGAAAUUCUGCGGAGGCACCCAUCUCUUCUUGGCGUGCGGCGGCGGCGGCGGCGGCAACUUCGGCGAUGACGACGCCCUUUUCACCCAUUCGGUUGCCGGCGGAACCGCCGUCGCACAGUCUUGCCAUGACCACGCUCCUCGCCUCUGUGGCAAAUGAGACCCGCUGGGAGACGUCCCCGUACUUCAGCACAAAGAAAAAAUCGCGGCCCUGGCAGGAGCAGCAGGGCUGCAGGGAGUUGGGUGAGUCCCCCUCACCCCUCUCUUCCUCCUCGCCUCCACGAGAGGCACGCCGGCGGGAGGCCUUCCUGGAGCGGGUUCGGGUUUUUUCGGCCCGCCAGCGCCUGCUUACGCUGCACUACCGGCAAAAGCGGCAUCUCCUGCUGCUGCAGCGCGCCGUGGAUUGCUUGAUCAAUGCGCAGGUGGCGCAGACGAUGCGGUAUCUUUUGCUCUUUCUGGGCGUCACAACGGCCGCGGCUGCUGCCCUCUGCAUUUGCGGGAUGCUACGCGUGGAGGGAAAUUACGUACCGUCGUCGCUGGAAUGCACCACGGUGAGAUAA